ACAGGAAGUAGAGGACCCCCUCUGCGGUUACACGCGCUGAGCUUCUUCCUGUUGUCCUGCAGCUGAGUGGUUCCGGUCAUGUUUCCUCAGGUUCUGUGCAAACUUGUGUUACAACCAGUUGUUGUUGUUGUUGGUCGCUGUGUGACACACACACGGACACACACUCCGGCUCUGCUCGUCCGCUGCUUCACAGACCGGAAGGAACAAGUCCGCCCGAAGAUCGACGAAGCUCUGCUGCAAGUCCUCGUCUGUCCCCUGUCCAAGAAACAGCUGAGAUAUGAUGCUGAGACCAACGAGCUGAUCAACGAGGAGCUUGGCAUCGCGUAUCCCAUCACUGACGGAAUCCCCAACAUGAUCCCUCAGGAGGCCAGACUCCUUCACAAAGACGCCUCCGACCCCUCGACCACAGAGUAGAAGCGUCGUCACAGCAACGCAGAUCCUCCCCUGAGGCGUGUGGAACACUUGUGUACCUGGAGGUUUAGUGUUGCCUCCUGCCUCAAAGCUUCUGUACCACCUCCCUGAUAGUUCAUUAAUCCAGUCUGUGAGUAUGUUCUCUCUGUCCAUGAUGGUGGGACUGGUCCCCAUCGUGUCCCUUUUCGGUUUGUUCUACUCGGCCGCGGUGGACGAGAACUUCCCUCAGGGCUG